AUGGCUCCGACGAUCAAAAAAAUCGCUUCCGAAUUCUACUAUGUCGAUUUCUUCGGAGAAGGAAUUGGUGUCACGGUCACUGAAUCUCCCUCUCUGAUCCGCCGAUGGAUCUACACCGAACGCUACAGAAACCGUCGACGUUACGCGUCAGACUCUCUCGUCGUAGGUGUAGGGGUCCAGUGGACACCGGGUGGUUCGGAUCCCCCGCCGGACGUUCUCCAUUUAUGCGUCAGUGGAAGUUGUCUCAUCGUCCAGUUGUCUUACUGUAAUCGCAUCCCCAACGUCCUUCGAAGAUUCCUAGCUGAUCGCAGAAUCACUUUCGUCGGCGUCUGGAACAGCCAAGACAAGGAAAAGCUCGCCAUGUGCCGCCAUAAGUUGGAGAUCUGGAGACUUCUUGACAUGAGGCACUAUAUGGUGGAUGAGGAGGACCGGAUAUGUACAUGUUCGUUUGAGAAGAUUGUGAAGGCGUGUUUGGGGCACGAAGGAGUGAGGUUAGAAAAGAGGAUAAGUAUGAGUGAUUGGGAUGAUGAGUUCCUUUCUCAUGAUCAGAUACUUCAAGCGGCAGUAGAUUCGUAUGUUUGCUCCAAAAUCGGUGCUAAUAUGCGUCUCUGGAAUGUGGGCACUUGA